AUGGGCGUGCUCAACGAGGUGCUGGACACCAUGGCCAACGAGCUGUCCUUCGACAAGGAGGUUGGCGGCGCGGUGGUGGUGUCCAUCAUGCUGUUCGGCGCCGCGGCGGGCGCCCUGGGCGCCGGCGUCUUCGCGGACAGAGUGGGGCCCAAGAAGGCGCAGGUCGUUAACGUUGUAUUCUUUGUAGUUGGUGGUGCCCUCAGCGCUGUGUCAACGAAGAGGCAGUUUUGUUGGACGGGCUUGGGCCACCUCAACGGAUGUGUGCCUAAACUACUCUUGCUUGGCAGGAUCAUCACGGGGUUUGGUGCGGGCUGUGCCUCUUUGUAUACUCCUCGAUACCUUGCAGAAAUUGCCCCAAAGAAUCUCAGGGGCUCCAUGGGUGGAUGGUAUCAGGUCUUGGUCAAUGUAGGGAUCCUGGGGGGCUACCUCGUCGCCCUGCCCUAUGGUUUUAAUUUUGAGGAUUUCAGAAUAAACGGCGUGACGAUAGCCUGGUGGCGUGUGAUGCUCGCAUUGUCCAUCGUGCCAGCGAUUUUGCAGCUUGGGAUGUUCACGUUCUGCCCGGAGAGCCCCGUGUGGCUGGAGUGGAAGGGCAUGAAGACCCUGGCCGCGGCUGCGCGGAAGGCCCUGUGGGGUGACCAGGAUGGGUGCCAGGCCCUCUCUGAGCACCUGCUGCCCAGCCCAGCCACCCCAACGCAAGCCAACCACAACCACUACCACCACCAUCGAAGGCACUCUGGCAUGUCGCCCCACAACCACCAUCACCAUCAUCACCACCAUCACAAUCACCACCACCACCACCCACGCCGUCACAGCUUUGGCAACCAGCCCUCAGGGAUGCGCCUGUCAUCUAUGUCCCGCUCGGGGUCUUCCGGCAGUUUGACAGACUCUUAUAGCAGCGCCGGGGGCAGCAGCACGUUUGCAGCCUGGUACGACAACGUGCACACUCCGUACGGCGGGUAUGUGGGCAUCCCGGCGGGGCCCUCCCACGGCAUUGUGAGUGGCAAUCCAGUGAACAACGCCCUCACGUUGGACAUGACGCCUUACCGGCUGAAUGCUGACUACCGCAGCGACCCCGUGCUAGAGUCGCUGAUUGCUCGGGAGCGAGAGGAAGGGAAGGAGGGCACUGUAGAAGGCUGGAGCGCUCUGGUGAUGAGGAAGUACCGUUGGAUGGUGACGCUUGCGAUCGGCAUUCCCAUUCUGCAGCAGCUCUCUGGAGUGAACACAGUCGUGAUGUACUCGAAGCAGAUGUUCACGAAGGCUGGCGUCAGCAACCCCCUAGCAGGGACGAUCUACACGGGAAUCGUGAACUUGGUGAUCACAAUCUUGUCUACGCCAUUUGUGGACCACCUCGGCCGCCGGCCUCUGCUCCUCAUGAGCCAUGCUGGCAUGGGCCUGUGCCUUGUGGGUCUGGCAACGAGCACCCUUGGAUCUGGGCCUGCUUGGUUGGGAACAGUGUCCCUGUUCUGUAUCCUCGCCUACAUGAUGUUCUUCGCAGGCGGCGCAGGCCCCGUGCCGUGGAUCUACCUCUCGGAGAUCCUGCCCGAGAGCAUCAAGGGUCGCCUCGCUGCCCUCGCCACAGCGCUCACCUGGGUUGUCAACCUGGUUGUUGUGUUCACGUUUCCCCUCAUGAUGAACACCAUCGGGGUCUCGGCCAGCUACAUGGUGUACGCGGCCCUCAACGUGGGCGGCGUGGCGUUCAUCUACUUCCUGCUGAUCGAGACGAAGUGCCAGUCGAUGGACGAGAUCGUGCGCAGGCUCAUCCUGCCUGACUAA